AUGACGAAAUCGUACACCUUUCCUACACAUAGGAGUAGAUUCCUGUCAGAGAUCGAAAUCGAACAAGGAGUUGUGAUUCUCUCCCUCGCGCACGUACACGAUUCAUUCAACGCAGCUCUGGGAGGGGACGGUCGAGACUCCAGGAUUUUGUUUCCCUCUUUCCGGAAUCUCAUCCGUCAGGAUUCUGCGAGAAUCGAUGAAGGUUUUGAGCAAAACGAUCUCGAUGAGGAAGGUACGCGAGAAUCGCGCACUCGAGGAGAGCCGAGGACAGAUAAAACACAAAUCGUCCCUCGGCGGAGGGUCAGGCGUCCGCGUGUUACAGGAUACUUACACACGCCCGAUUAUGAAGAUCACCUCUCCUGUAUCAGUAGCAUCCUCCACGCGCGAGUACGGGAGACGUUUCGCUGGGAGAUAAAUCACGCACGGCUUUUUGACACAAUAUACUACACAUAUACACACGGAUUUUUGAUGUACGUGCUUUCGCGGAGCAGCGCCGCGCAGCGUCGUCGUCGUAGUAGUACUGCUGGCAGUGGUAGUGGUAGUAGUAGCGCGCAGGCGCUGACAGGUGGCGCUGGCGCCGCGCAGGCGCCAGCGCCACCUGCGCGCCGCGUGGGCGCCGAUAAAUAAGGCGCGCGUACAAUCGAACGGCGGCGGAGUUUACAUCUGGUAGUUUGUCGGGUCGGCGGAAGAGAAAGCGGGGCGGAAAGAAGGAACGCGAGCGAGAGCGGGGAAAACCACGCGGCGAGAAAAUUCUCUCGUGGACGUGAACGAACGACGAUGAGCUCCGACGAGCUGGAAUUCGCGCUCGAGAGACGCGAUCGAUCGCGCACGGACAUCGAUAGAUCGCUUUAUCUGCUCUUCGAGGACAUAUCGUACAGCGUACGGCGAGGAAUCCUGACCAAGGAGAGAAGAGAGUUACUGCGUGACCUUAAUGGCGAUUUUCGACCAGGCGAACUCACGGCCAUUAUGGGUCUUUCGGGUGCCGGAAAAUCCACCCUAAUGGAUAUCCUGGCAGGUUUUACGAUAACUUCGGUCACCGGGAGGAUUCUGGUAAACGAACGGGAAAGAGACAUGUCGGAAUUUCGAAAAUUAUCCGCUUACAUAAUGCAAGACGAUAAUUUACAACCUCUUUUAACGGUGCAAGAAGCGAUGUUUGUCGCCGUUGAUCUCAAGCUCAAAUUGAACCGACGUCAAAAAUCGCAGAGGAUCGACGAAAUAUUAACAGUGAUGGGUCUUGACGUAUCUCGUUACACGCUUACCUGCAAUCUCAGCGGAGGUCAGAGAAAAAGACUCGCCAUCGCGCUCGAAUUGAUCAAUAAUCCGCCAGUCAUGUUUCUCGAUGAACCUACGAGUGGUUUAGAUAGCGUCGCAUCGAAGCAAUGCUUGGCACUUUUGAAGCAAUUAGCCCGAGAGGGACGGACUAUAAUUUGCACGCUUCAUCAACCGAGCGCGACGCUCUUUAAUAUGAUUGAUCAUCUUUACGUAGUAGCUGACGGAUAUUGCGUUUACACGGGCAGCACGCAAAAUUUGGUGCCAUAUUUAAGUAGUCUAGGAUUACACUGUCCAACACAUUUUAAUCCCACUGAUUUCCUAAUGGAAAUAUGCAAUGGUGAUUAUGGUCUUCACAUAUCCAAGCUAGUGGAAUCGAUAGAGAAUGGCAAAAGUAACGUAUGGAGGUCGGCGAGAGCUCUUCGCUUGAAUGAAGAAAUUAUGAUCUCGCAACAUAUUUCUCCUGUAAGAUUGUAUUCCUUCGAAACGGAAUUCAAACAGACGCCGCAUUAUGUCGCCAGUUCCUGGAAGCAGCUUUGGAUUCUUAUCAAGAGAAAUGCGAUUAAAUUAAUUCGUGAUAAGGUCUUAACAUGCACACGGAUCACGAUGCAUCUUGCGAUCGCUUUGCUUGCUGGCACCUUAUACUUCCGAAUCGGUCAGGAUGCUGCUUACGUAUUAGACAAUUUAAAUCUAUUGUUUUUCAGCGUUAUGUUUCUCAUGUACAAUGCGUUUAGUGCUACAAUGAUUACAUUUCCUACGGAAUUACCGAUUCUCAGGCGCGAGCAUUUUAAUCGUUGGUACAAACUACGAGCGUACUAUCUGGCGAAUAAAUUGGCUGAUUUUAUUGUCCAAUUUACUGGCACAUUUAUUUAUACCAUCGUAGUAUAUUAUAUGAGCGAUCAGCUUCCCGAAAGCAGAAGAUUCGGACUAUAUAUGCUCAUGUGCCUCGCCAUUAGUCUGGUCGGUCAAACGAUCGGGCUUAUCAUAGGGUCUGGUUUAAAAGUCCAGAAUAGCGUAAUUUUUGGACCACUUGCAGUAAUGCCGUUCGUGUUAUUUAGCGGUUUUUUCGUACGUUUGAAGGAUGCACAUCCUUAUUUGCAUUGGCUGUUUCACAUGUCAUUCGUGAGAUACGGUUUUGAGGGGCUCAUAACGGCGAUUUACGGCUACGAUCGUGCGAAGUUGAAGUGCUCGGCGGAAUAUUGUCACUUCGCUGUUCCCGAAAUAUUUGUCUCGGAACUAGGUAUGAAGCAUGUGGAUUAUUGGUUAAACAUGACAAUAAUGAUACUACUGUGUAUUGCCUUGGAUAUUGUGGCAUUUAUUAUAUUGAAAAUAAGAAUUAAGAAACGCAUAUAGUAGAUAUACGAUAUAUAAUUUAGAGUUUAAAAGGGCUUUACAUAAAAAUGUCGCAGAUAUAAAAAUGUGCCAGGCAACUAGUGUAAAUAUACAGAGGUCUCAGAGGGUUUACUUGUUAAGACUGACUUAUCUCUUGUUGAAUCUAAACAAUUGUAACACUCUUAUAUAAUGUAUAUACAUGCAAAUAUUUAAUUAUAAUAUUAUAUAUAUAUA